AUGUAUAUGCUUAUAUAUUAUUAGUUCCUAUUAUAAAUAUCUCUUUAGUUAUUUAAGAAGUCAAAAAAGUAUUUGUGUAAAAAUGAUUUAUCUUAACUAAUUAGUAUUCAAGCGUUCUCUUGCUUAUAGAAAAUGGCUAAAGUUAAAAAUCAGCUGUAUAUAAAUAAAUAAGAUCUCCAUCAAAAAUUGCAGGCAAAUGUUUAUCAUAAUCAAUAAAAAUAAAAUUAGCAAAAUUUUAAGUAGGAGAAAAAGUAAAAAUCUAAACUAAACUCGCCGAUACUAAAUCAAGCUAAUAAAGUGACUAGUCCUUCAGAAUCACUAAAAAACUAUCUUGUACUACUAUAAAAAUCCCCUGCAUGUCAGUUAAGUUAGCAAAUAUUCUUUAAUUAGCUAAGUCUAUAAAUAAGAAUGUCUCCAUUAUUAUCAAAAUUUUUUUGGAUUAGAUGUAACAAAGAAUAGACCUUUCAAAAUAACUAUUUAAAUUAUAAUUUAUUAUAAGCUUUUUAUUAACAAUAUCAGUAAUAAACUCUUAUAAAACUCCGAAUUGCGCUGAAAAUGAUGUUAUUAAAUAUUAAUUGUCAAUUAAACGAUGAGUUGCUUUUUACAUACUUGACACUUAAAGAGAUUAUUAAAUAGUUGUUAAAAUUCUUGGAUUUUUUUAGAGGUUAUUUAGUUAGUAUAUUAGAUUUUACUUGCUUAUAACAAUCUACUAAAGCAAAUAAUUAUUAUUUAUUGUAUAAAAUUAAGGUUUUUAAGUUAUUUAAUUUAGAUUCAAAAUUAGUUAAUUCUAAGAUAUAAUAUUGA